AUGGGUAAAGUUACUUCCAAGAAAGAAAGCAAGAAAGAUAUGAAAUCCAAGAAGCAAGAAAAGGCUACCUCCUCUUCUUCUUCAUCAUCAUCCUCUUCCUCCUCCUCAUCCUCCUCAUCUUCUGAUGAGUCUUCCUCCUCCUCUUCCGACUCUGAUUCCUCUUCUGAUGAAGAAGAAGAAAAGAAGGAAGAAAAGAAGGAAGAAUCCAAGAAGGAAGAAUCUUCUUCUUCUGAUUCCGACUCUGACUCCAACUCAUCCUCUUCUGAUGAAGAAGAAGAAUCUAAGAAACAAGAAUCCUCUUCUGAUGAAGAAGAAGAAUCAAAGAAAGAAGAAUCCUCUUCCUCUUCCGAUUCAUCUGACUCUGAAUCUGAUGAUGAAGAAAAGGACUCUAAGAAGCGUAAACACGAAGAAUCUGAAGAGUCUGAAGAGUCUGACUCUAAGAAGGCUAAGACUGAAGAAGGUGAACCAGCUACUAUUUUCGUUGGCAGAUUAUCUUGGUCUAUCGAUGAUGAAUGGUUAAAAAACGAAUUCGACCACAUUGGUGGUGUUAUUGGGGCUAGAGUUAUGCUUGAAAGAGGUACUGACAGAUCAAGAGGUUACGGUUACGUUGACUUCUCUGACAAAUCAUACGCUGAAAAAGCUAUCAAAGAAAUGCAUGGAAAAGAAAUUGACGGUAGAGAAAUCAACUGUGACAUGUCUACUUCCAAGCCAGCUGGUAGUAACAACGGUGCCGACCGUGCUAAGAAAUUUGGUGACAUCCCAAGUGAACCAAGUGAGACUUUAUUCUUAGGUAACUUAUCUUUCAAUGCUGACAGAGACAGCAUCUGGGAAAUGUUUAGCAAAUUUGGUGAAAUUGUUUCCGUUAGAUUACCAACUCACCCAGAAACUGAACAACCAAAGGGUUUCGGUUACGUCCAAUACGGUAAUAUUGACGACGCUAAGAAGGCUCUAGAAGCUUUACAAGGUGAAUACAUCGACAACAGACCAGUCAGAUUAGAUUACUCCACUCCAAAGCCAGACAGAGGUAACUCCAGAGGCGGCUUCGGUGGUAGAGGCGGCUCCAGAGGUGGCUUUGGCGGCAGAGGUGGCUCCAGAGGCGGUUUCGGCGGCAGAGGUGGUUCUAGAGGCGGUUCCAGAGGUGGUUUUGGCGGUAGAGGUGGUUUCGGUUCCACUGGUUCCGGCGCCAACAACUCUCCAUUAGGCUCCAGAAACACUGCUACUUUUUCCGGCUCCAAGAAAACUUUUGAUUAG